AGCUCACCUGAAGGUGUAGCUCAUUCACCUGGCCCAGGUGGCUGCAGAGCGCAACCGAAGAGGAGGAAGUACAUCGGCGCGACAGUAUGUCGGCCUCGGCAAUUUUCAUCCUUGACUUGAAAGGCAAGCCCCUAAUCAGCCGCAACUAUAAGGGCGAUGUCAGCAUGUCAGAGAUUGAUUACUUCAUGCCACUCUUGAUGCAAAUGGAGGAGGAAUGUGCCCUGACCCCAGUCCUCUCCCAUGGAAAGGUUCACUUCCUUUGGAUAAAGCAUAGCAACCUCUACUUGGUGGCCAUCACCAUGAAGAAUGCCAAUGCCUCACUGGUAUAUUCUUUUCUCUACAAAGUGGUAGAGGUCUUUUCUGAAUACUUCAAGGAACUGGAGGAAGAGAGCAUCCGUGACAAUUUUGUCAUUGUGUAUGAGCUACUGGAUGAGCUAAUGGACUUUGGGUUUCCUCAAACAACUGAUAGUAAAAUUUUGCAGGAGUACAUCACUCAGCAGGGCAACAAACUGGAGACAGCUAAGUCCCGGGUUCCAGCCACUGUCACUAAUGCAGUCUCCUGGAGAUCAGAGGGCCUCAAAUACAAGAAGAAUGAGGUCUUCAUUGAUGUCAUUGAAUCUGUCAACCUGUUGGUUAAUGCCAAUGGGAGUGUGCUGCUGAGCGAGAUAGUGGGUUCCAUCAAGCUGAAGGUGUUCCUUUCGGGUAUGCCGGAGCUGCGUCUGGGCCUCAACGACAGGGUGCUUUUUGAGCUCACAGGACGUGGAAAGAAUAAGUCCGUGGAACUCGAGGAUGUCAAGUUCCACCAGUGUGUGCGACUAUCACGUUUUGACAAUGAUCGUACUAUCUCCUUCGUUCCACCUGAUGGAGAUUUUGAGCUGAUGUCAUAUCGCCUGAACACACAGGUGAAACCUCUCAUUUGGAUUGAAUCUGUCAUUGAGAAGUUCUCUCACAGCCGAGUGGAGAUUAUGGUUAAGGCAAAGGGCCAGUUCAAAAAACAAUCAGUGGCUAAUGGUGUGGAGAUAAGUGUGCCUGUCCCAAGUGAUGCUGACUCACCCAAAUUCAAAACCAGCAUUGGCAAUGCAAAAUAUCUGCCUGAAAAGAAUAUUGUUAUCUGGAACAUAAAGUCCUUCCCGGGUGGCAAAGAAUAUUUGAUGCGAGCCCACUUUGGGCUGCCCAGCGUUGAUAAUGAGGAGCUUGAAGGUCGACCACCCAUCUUGGUCCAAUUUGAAAUCCCCUACUUCACAGUCUCUGGGAUACAGGUGCGAUACAUGAAGAUAAUUGAAAAGAGUGGGUACCAAGCUCUGCCAUGGGUCCGCUACAUCACCCAGAGUGGAGAUUAUCAACUUCGGGCACAUUAGCCUUAUGAUUCUGCAGACUCUGAUGCUCUCAAGAAUGAAGAAGUCUUUUAAUCAAGGCUCUGUCUGAAGCUGAUCUUGUAUGUAUGUGUGUCCUGGCAAAGUGCUGCUCUGGUCCUCGUUCCAUCCAACCACAGCUUGAGUUGAUAGUUGUUGGACAAUUCCACCUAUGGCUGGCUUGGGAGGGAGGGAAUCAUGGCCUAUUCUUGUUCUUCUUGUUGCUUACCGUGGCAUAUAUACUGCUUCCAAGCUUGAAUGGAAGCAGCCUUGCCUGUAUGCUGUGCCUUCCAAAGCUUUUUAGUGAAAAAGCUUAAUGAGUAAAGCCUUCAUUCAGAACCUCUCUUUUUUAGAGAAUUCCUGAGACAAAAAACAGGUGUGGCAGUACCACCAGGGUGGUACUCACUUGGGAAGCUUUAUCUAGGGGAAUUGAUGCUGCCUCUUAUUAGUGCCCGAGUAGAAUUCAGCUCGUUCUGAAAAAUAGCCAAGUUCCUUCAGAGGAGAGUUUCCUGCUGCGUGCAGGCAGAAUGCAGUGAUAGAAAGAAGAACCUACAAUUUUAUGGAAUCAGGAACUGCACAUCUGGAUUUUAUGGAAUCAGGAACUGCACAUCUGGGUUGAAAUCUCAGUUUGUACAUGAAUUUUCUGAGUAAUUGUGCGAAAUUCUCAAUCUCUGUUCCUUUUUUGUAAAGUGAGAAUAGCAGCUGCCUACCUCUUAUUAUAAAGAUGAUGAAAUGAAUUAAUAUUUUCCUUGUUUUUAAAGUAUGACAAACUCUAAAAUGGAAAGAAAUAAAUCUUUUUCAGUGUAAUUA